AGCGCCAUCUAUUCAACUAUGACGUAUCAUUCAUUCGGUACCAGUUUUUGACGUUUACCGAUUAAAAAUGACAGCGACACAAAAGCAAACACCACAAAGUAUAAACGAAACGAAACAAGAAACAACAUGGCCGCAUGGGCCGGUGACAGCGGCUAUUCAGAAAUCAAUACACAGAAUAAUAAUGCUGGGUGCUUUUUACCGAAAAUAGUAGAUCAAGAUAGUAAUUGUGAUAUAAAUAACGAAUUGCUUAAUAAGGAUUCUGGAAGUUUCUUUGGUUUCGAUAAAAAAGUCUCAGGGGAUAGUGUGACGUCGAAAAUCGAAAUUGAAAUAGUACCUGGUAACAAUGGAGAUUUCACAGAUCUAUCAAAGCCAAAUAUUAAUUCACCAAAGUCAAUUAUGGAUAAAAACAAACGCAGAAUCGAAGAAAACAAUGCAAGAUAUAAAUGUGAAUAUGAUGGUUGCGAAAGGACAUACAGUACAGUGGGCAAUUUACGCACCCACAUGAAGACUCAUAAAGGUGAAUAUAGGUUCAUAUGUCCCAUGCAAUCGUGCAACAAGGCAUUCCUUACGUCAUACAGUCUUAAGAUACAUGUAAGAGCUCACACAAAAACCAAACCAUUUGCUUGUAACAUCGGAAGCUGUAAUAAAGCCUUCAAUACACUGUACAGACUAAGAGCACAUCAAAGACUACACAGCGGUGACACAUUCAAUUGCAAAGCAAACGGCUGCACAAAAUUCUUUACAACACUGAGUGAUUUGAAAAAACACAUACGCACACAUACACAAGAAAGACCUUACAAAUGCGUGACGGACGGCUGCGGCAAGUCGUUCACGGCGUCGCACCACCUGAAGGCGCACGCGCGCACGCACUCGGGCUCGCGGCCGCACGCGUGCGCGAGCGCGGGCUGCGGGAAGCUCUUCGCCUCCGCCACCAGCCUGCGGGCGCACGCGAGGAAACACCAAAUCGAAUCCGAAACUCCGACUGUUGAAGUUAUUGAAAAUGAUCAAACGAAAACCGACACUGACAUUAUGAAAUGGGACAGUCUACUCGAAUCUUUCGGUAGGAUAACUACAGAGUCGAACUCGACCGACGGCAGCUUGGAAGACAUAACCAGUGUCAAUCCACUCUCAAACAGCAAUAUGGAUAUAACGGAACUGCUUUUCAACAACGCGACUAACGAUUCUAAAUUCUCUAACACUAAUAACAUCGCUGUUGAUUACGAUCUGAGUAACCUCGAAGUUCUAUCACCGUUUAAUGUUGAUAAAGUAAUCAAAAAAGACCCGAGUUACAACAGCUGGGUUGACGUCACCGAUAUACAACCGGAUGUAAUGCCUUCAUCUAAAAUAGAUAUUAAACCGAAAGCAAUGCAAUUAGCCUUAGCCAAUGAAGUCGAAGUACAAGCACCGUGGAUAGACGUGACCGCCUUAGCGUCUUCUAUACAAGAGACACCGGUAAGUAUCAAAGAUAAUACACCGGAGAGCAUAUUCACUCUCGCUACAUUUGUUCCAACUCAUAUGCAAAGUUACAUAGACCUCAAUCCUGAAGUUAUACCGACGGCCAAUAUCAUAUCACAAAGUUCGUUCGAUUUAGAUACACCGAAUAUUUUAGAUGUAAGCGAUAAAGUAUUUAAUGACAGUGAACUCGUGUCGAACCUUGAUCCGGAUAAAAUCAAUACGGAUAUUGAAUAUAUUAAAAAUCACAACGAAACAAUCGACGAUAGAACAUUAAACACACCCCCUCCGAGUAAAGUACAACAAAAUAUUGAAAUAAAUCCAGCUAACUCCGUUUCAUUCAAUACGGAGUUGACACUUGAAGAUACUCUGUUAUUCGAUAACGAACCACCAUCCGAUAUGUACGUUGUACGGACAGAAAACAUAUUUGGUAAAAAGGCUAGGAAUCCUCUUGAACAAUUAACCGCUGAUGCUGGUAUCUGUUCUUGCAAAGAAUGCAAAUGCAGUCCGAAUAACGGUGAAUGUAGAAAUUGUCAAGACCAUGAAACGCCCGAAAAAAAUGGUUGCUGUGAUGAUAAAUGUUCGUGCGUCGAUUGUAAAUGUAACCAUGCUGAAAUGAAAUGCGCUGUCGGCUGUGGCAAAGCAACGGACACAAACCACAAUACAUUUUUACACUAUCAUAGGCGACAUAAUAAUUCGAAUCUUGAAGAUUUCGGCGUUUACACACAUGAGUGUGAUGAAACAUUUCCGAAUAUUAUAAAUAAUAUAAAAUGUUCUUGUAGUGAAACUGAAUUAAACAAAAGUCCGAAAUCCGAUCGAUGUUGCGGUUCAACUACUAAUGCAAAAUCAUGCUGUGUGACCAUUUGUUUUAAGAAGUUAGAUGCCUUUAAACAAUUUUUGUCAGAAUCCGAUUUGUUAAAUGCCCUCAAAUUGCAUAAUUUCAACUUGACCACAGGUUAACUAUAAUGCUUAUUAGAAAAACUUCUGUUGCAUUUAAUUUUGUACAAAGCAUUCAGUUCCUUGUUCAAUUAUUGUUAUGAAAAAUAUUUUAUUAGUAUUAUACAUAUUUUAAAACGAAUUUAUUGUUAAAUUCAGAGUAUUUAUUUAUUAGACUAUUUAUAUAUGAGAAAUUAUUUUAAAAAAGUGCCUUUUUAAAUCAUUUAAAUUAUAUAAACAUAUACAUAUGUACUUUUUCAUUAAAUUACCAAAAUAAUUGUGUCCAAAGAAUUAUUAAUGAUAUAAUGAUUUUUUAAAGAAAUUUGCUAUAAAUAUAAAAUCUUGCCGUAGUUUAUCACUAGUUAGAAAGGAAAGAGAUAUUUAUACAAAUAUAUAGAUUUUUUUAUAAUUUAUACACAGAAUUAGUGUAGGCAGAUGUACAAUACAAAAAAGCUCAUAUAGAGCGAACAGUGUCAAUUUAUUAAUGCAAUUAAAAACAUGCCAUGAUAUGGUGCCAUAUAUUUAAAUAUUUUUAAGAUUUAUGGAAUGUAAUGUAUGAACUUUAGAAAGAAAAUUGUUAUGUUAUAUAUAUUAUUAUAUUGAUUAUAUAAUAUCACAAAAGGUUACAUUUGGUGCUAUUAAAGCCAGAUCCAGUGCCUUAAAUAUUGUUCACGUACUUAAUUUGUGCUUGUACAUAUUAGAUAUAUGCGAUUUUUAAACUAUUUAUAAGAGAGCAAUAAUCAAAUGCUGUAAUCUCUAGUCUGUGUAACAAAUAAAAUGCUUUUUUAA